AUGGUGUGCACCAGUGAGGGGCCGGUGGUGUGCCACUACAAUCAGCUGCAUCCCCACGCCACGGUACGGGCUGCGGGUCCACUUCCACUGCCACCUUCACCUCCUCCCUCAGUGCCUGACCCAGUUUCACGGGGCAUUCUUACUGCAGGGCCUGACCCGCCCUCCUCGAGGAUGUCGCUGCCUCUCGCCUCUCCGCUGGGGUCUGGCGCCCCAAAGUAUGCCGCUGACAUUUCCCGUAAUGCUUCACUGCCACCUGCGCUUACGUUGCCAGGUGUGCCAGUGCCAUCGGGUCCUCCACCACUGGUGGCACUGGCUUCCCUGCCAGAGUGCCCGGCAUCUUCUCCGUCAGACCAGUUCUGCCGUGACGAGAUACUGCCAGUGCCCUUAUCGCCGGUCCUCCCUUACAGUAGUUCGUGGAGAGGGCUGAGGUGUCUGCACGCACAGUACCUCCACUCUUACUCACCAGUUCCGACCCAGAGUCUCUUUCGGCUGCCACCGUCGUCACCUGUGGCGCCCAUCGAAGAGGCUGUAGAUGUGCGUCAGACACCCCAACACGGCACCAGAGUAGGGCCCUUUCCCAAAGAGGGGAUGGGCGAUAUAAUCCUGUGCGUAACAACUGGAUUUGUGCUACAGCUCAGGCCACCAGCACACUACACUUGA